AUGACUCAAAUCCGCAACAUCGUCAUUCUCGGAGCGUCCUUCAGUGGACUGGGGACCGCCCACUACAUCGCCAAGCACAUCUUGCCGCAACUGCAAAAGACGGCAGACACCAAGUAUGUGCUGCACCUCGUCGACCCUUCCACUCACUUCUGGUGGCACAUCGCCGCACCGCGUGAGAUUGUGCUGCCGCAGAACUUGAAGGCCGAACAAUGCUUCGUUCCUAUCAUGGAUGGUUUCAAGCAGUACGGCAAUCUGAGGGAUUCCAUCAUCUUCCACCAUGGCACGGCUAGCGCUUUGGACACCGAGGCGAGGACUGUUACUGUUUCGCUGCACGAGGGCGGUUCGGAGAGUCUGGAGUACUACGCUUUGAUUAUUGCUACUGGUGUUCGAUCGCCGACUGCCGCUACCACGCUUCACGGUGACCAUUCGAUCUCUCUGAAGGCUCUGAAGGAUCUCAACACGAAGCUCGCAUCUGCCAAGGAGGUUCUCAUCUCAGGUGGAGGACCCGUUGGUGUGGAAAUUGCGGGAGAGGUGGCCAUCCACUUGAAAGGCAAGGCUAAAGUCACUCUCUACUCCGGCUCUUCCAAGAUCCUUCCCGUCUUCAGCGAGUCGCGAGCGGCCAAGGCUCAGAAACUCCUCGAGAAGAACGGCGUCACUGUCGUCCACAACGCCAAGACUACAGGCAGUCAACAAACGGCAGAUGGAAAGACUGAGGUCACGCUCGAUAACGGCAAGACUGUCACCACCGAUGUCUACAUCCCUGCGUAUGGUGUGACUCCAAACACUGAGUUCGUACCGGAAAAUCUCAAGACCAAGUCAGGAUAUGUGCAGACGAACGCUACGACGCUCCGUGUCGAUGGAGCUGGUGCGCGUGUCUACGCCGCCGGAGAUGUCGCUGCCGUGGACGCUGGCGGCGUGCUCAACAUGUACAACACCCUCCCAAUCCUCGGAGCGAACAUCGCCCACGACUUGUUGGCAGACGCCAAGGCUGGCAACGUGGCUGAGAAGAAAUACACUUUCAAGCCAGCCGAGACUCAAUUUGUACCGGUCGGUCCCAAGGCUGGUGUGGCAGCUUUCAACGGGAUGGGUAUCCCUGGCUUCGUCGUUUCGAUGGUCAAGGGCAAGGACUACAUGAUCGGGCAGAUUCCCGGCUUCACGGAGGGGAAGAAAUUCGUCAAGGCAUAG